CAGAAACAGGAAGUGGGACCAAAACAAAGGAGCGGCGGCUCAGCGCGGACCUACUUCCCCUCGUCUGCCUUCAGCGCAAGUCUAGGCCCUGGCCUCGGACCCCAGGGAACCGUUCCGCCAUGUCUAACAUGGAGAAACACCUGUUCAACCUAAAGUUCGCGGCCAAAGAACUGAGCAGGAGUGCUAAGAAAUGUGAUAAGGAGGAAAAGGCCGAAAAGGCCAAAAUUAAAAAGGCCAUUCAGAAGGGCAACAUGGAAGUCGCGAGGAUACACGCGGAAAAUGCCAUCCGCCAGAAGAACCAAGCGGUGAAUUUCUUGAGAAUGAGUGCGCGAGUCGAUGCAGUGGCUGCCAGAGUCCAGACGGCGGUGACUAUGGGCAAGGUGACCAAGUCGAUGGCCGGUGUGGUUAAGUCGAUGGAUGCGACAUUAAAGACCAUGAAUCUGGAGAAGAUCUCUGCGUUGAUGGACAAAUUCGAGCACCAGUUUGAGACCCUGGACGUCCAGACGCAGCAAAUGGAGGACACGAUGAGUAGCACAACGACGCUGACCACUCCCCAGAACCAAGUGGAUAUGCUCCUCCAGGAAAUGGCAGACGAGGCGGGCCUCGACCUCAACAUGGAGCUGCCGCAGGGGCAGACUGGCUCAGUGGGCACCAGCGUGGCUUCCGCCGAGCAGGAUGAACUGUCCCAAAGACUGGCCCGCCUUCGAGAUCAAGUGUGAUGGCAGAGCCCACUCUGAGGUUUCCUGGCCAUUAGUCUCCUGUUUAAAUGCUCUCCGUAAAUUAGGGGAGAUUCGAUACCCUAGAAACUGAACGUGCCAGAAUUCUAAAAUACUCUUACCUUUGAGGUUACGGCCUUCUUCGGAUACAUUAAGAAAUUACAGUCUUUCUCUACUCUUAACUCGAUUUUAAAGUUCCGUAUAACUUGUGCUGAUGUGUAUUUUUAUAGCUGCCUUUUAACAGAACUAGUUAAUUUGGUGUAUAUGAAUCUUUAUGGAAAAUUUGGUCAAAACUCUAGUUCCCUUGUAUUCAGUUUUCUGCCCAGAAUCAUCAAAUUGAAGGUUUUGGGUGUGUGUGUGUGUGUGUGUGUGUGUUAAUUUAGUGUGACUGAUAAUAUCUAGAAUAUGUGAUACAUUAAAAAGAGGAUUACUUAGUUUGAUUACAGAGAUGUAAACACUCAACUUAUUCAAAGAACAGUGCUAUUUCUGUAUAUCUUUGUUUUUUGGUCAUCAGAGUGAGGUUGCAAUUGACAGUUGAUCUAUUUUCUUUAACUUAUACUAAAAUUACCUUAAGCUGUUAUAUUUUCCAGAUUCCUUUACUGUUUUCAGUCUAUAAAUUUUUCACCUAAUAGUUGUCUUUGUUAUAACUGGGGGGUGGGGGGAUACCAUGUAAUUUCAUUUAUUAUCAAGAAUAUUUUAAUUUGCUUAUUUUUCAAUUUACUAAAUAGAAUUUUUAGAAAAACUGAGAAGGUUGACAUUUGACAAUGUCUUCAAACAAACUUCUCUGAUACAUUUCUAGUUAUUUUCCUAUUUCAACACUAAUUAGACUACACAAUAUGUUAAUUAGCAUGACAGUCAUUACUCACUCUUAACAUUGCCAAAGAACUGUCAAUUGAUUUGGAAGUGUGUGUUCAUAAGUUUUGUUUUGAUUUUAAUAACCAAAAAUAGAAAUAAAAUUAGAACUGCGUUUUAAGUUCUAAUUAUUUGCAUUAUUAUUUUAUUUUAAAUUGACAACUCUUUAAACACAUGGAAAAUAUAAGUUAGAAUGUUUACUUAGCCAUGCAAAUAAAUAUAUAUCCUGCCAGCUGAGAGUUUGGGAGGAAGGAAAGAGGUAGAAUUGGAAGGAAAAAGAGAGUCUUGACUCUAAAACUAAAGCCCAGCUGUACCACCAUCUGCCUCCCCAGAAAUGGCUGUGCGUAGUCUCUGGCUGGAACAUGAAGCACCACUUUCUCAUAGCCUAAAACCACAGAGAACAUCAACUUGCUUUUGCCUUGGCAAGUGUAUUAACUCAAGUUAAAUACUUGCUAAGUUUUUUUAAUUCCCCCUUUCCUUCACAGGUAGAUUUCUCUUUAAAAGAAUCCCAGUGUUUCAGAAAGUAGUUACAGAGACUCUUCCCAGGUCUUUCCAGCUAUUCACCAUUGUAACAUACUUUCCAGUAUGAGUAGUGUAAGAAACAAUAAGGUGUAUGCAAGUAACCCUCAUAUUUCAGGGGUGGAGGGGUUGUUUUUUGUUUCUUGGGAUUUUUUUGGCUGUUAAUUCAGAAGCCUGUCUCAAGGGCCACUUGAUUAUUAAGUUCAGCAUCUUCUUAAGAAUGCCUCUCCAGAAGAAGGCUGAGGUCUCCUCUCAUCCAUGUGGUCGCACAUAGGAAGCCAUGUGUGAGUACAGUGUGUCUUAACCCAUCCUUAGACUGGAAAAUUACAGCAUUUUAAAAAUAGCUUAGCAUUGAACCCUUUGGUAAAUAGAAAACCCUUUUAUAGUGCAAAUAUUCCCAAUAAAAUUAAUAUAUUUUGUGAGGUUAAACAAUGUUUGUAUAGGCUCAAACUUUAUUAAAAUAUGUUCACUUCAUAUUACAUGAAUGUAUAGUACUUUUUUAUGAAUCAUAAAUAUUUUCAAAAGCACUGUAGGCCCAUGAAUUAUUUUCUCACUUUUGCAGUUGGUGAAACGCUGACAUGUAAAUAACGGGAAUUUGUCAAAUAAAUAAUUUCAAGCUGCA